CUAAAAAUAUACAGAAUAAACAAAGCUGUGUUUUAUUAUCUUUUAAAGUUUCGUUGAAAAUUAAAUUUGAGCGAUAAAUAGAAAAUAUUGUGAAAAUUAUGAAAUUUGAUCCAGAACUAUUAUUCGAAUGUUUAAUAUUUAUCAACGCUCACUACUAUCCAGUGUUUGCAGUUAGCGAAAUGUCCAUGUUAGUUGCCAAAUAUCUUAGUGAUAAAAAAGAUACUCCGAAUUUAGAUCAAGAUGCAGUUGUCUGUUUAACGAGGCACGUUUGUGAAUUGAUGAAAUUAGUUUUGUUCCAAAGAUUUAAAUAUUCUCAUAAGAAGUUUAUAACGUUUUUUUCGUUGUUUCUGACCUUACUGACAUGCGGCACAAUAUAUUACAACAUGCAAGUCCAGCAACCAGUGCUAAGGUUAGAAAUUGUACUAAGUUGCCUAACCACAUUGAUGAUAGGAAGCGAACUAAUAUGUGGAGUGUGGUUUUUAUUGCCUUGUUAUAAAAAAGUUGAAUAUUUCUAAUAAAAUGUUUAAAUUCA